GAGCUCUUGUGUGUUUAUCACUAUCAACCUUUCAUCUGCUCCGGGUCUCUGUCGCCUUGGACCCUCGCGAGCAGCACUCUCUUUUCGCAGCACAUAGGGCAUCUAGAAUGAUAUAGUUGUCUCGCCAAUGGCUCCCGUCCCGGAAGCCUAUUUCCCGUCCCUGGACAAGUGCUUCUCCGGGGACGUUCAGCUUCUGUCCUGGAGGAGAGCCUUCCUUCACACAUGCAAUAUUGACAACAAUGUCGAUGAUGUCGAAAAGCUGCACGCCUUCUUGUCGCAUCCCGACAGCGUCCAGAUCCUUUCGAAUUGCCUCAACGCCUUCCCUUCUCCAUCCGCGAAAUCGAAAUCGGACUUUGACUCGAAGACAGCCGCGAUCCAUGUGGAGACAAAUGCGCAAGCAUCAUACGACCUGAAGGAAAUCAAAGCGGAUGCUUUAUGGCUGAGCGAAAAGGCGGGUAUCGAUGAAAUCAGCGCGCUUCGAUUAACGAUUCUUGAAUGGCAGAACCGACCUGCCACGCGCCUUCUUACGCGAUUCGCCGAUGAGGAAACAACAAGCCUCCAGAGUGCAGCAGGAGGUGACAAUCUCCGCGUGUCUCUCGCAGGACCUGCCUUCGCCGAGAUUCUCAACCGGAAAGCAGCUCGUGAAGAAGGUGCUUCUGAUUUCUCUUCAGAGGCCAAUCGCCGCUUGCGCCUGCGCACGUUAUACUUGUCGGAGAGAAGCCAUGUCGUCAAGCUGGCACGCAAACUCCUUGGACUGCAUCUCAGCGACACUCAGGAUACCGUUUUCUCCCAGCAACCUUCAAGCCGUCACGUUCAGCUGUUAUGCAAAUUGGGUGCCACGAUAUUCAAAGGAAAAUCCGAGGGUGAAGGCUGGCGCACGUUCAACCAAGGAUGCAUUGAUGCUAUGCGGAGUCGGUUGUCUUCACUAGAUGGUGAUAGUGGCUGGCUAGGCGCUGCCGAGAGCAACCAGGAAGUGGAAGACUUGCGGGCGACAACUCUCAUCGAGGAGCUAAUACAUAUAGUGCAGAUGUUGUUUUUGCAGCUUCAAGCGUCCGCAGAGGUUCCUGCUGCGGACAUCCUGCUCUCUUGGCUUCGUCUCAUGGUUGACUACAGCUUUCUGGAACCGCUCCGAGUUCCAUGCCAGGAGCCUAUGGAGUUGUUGGUGCCACUCCAGGGUUUCGUCUCCCUGACAACGCUCGCUUUCAUGAAGCUACCAAUAUCAGUUCCCUCGAUCAUCAACAACUCUUCACAGAAAAGCCUGUCUACGAAGGCACCCUACUACCUCUGUAAAGAGGAGAUCGGCCAGAUAAAUGAGAUUUUCUUGACAGCAGGUGUAGACGCGAAGUCUGCUAACCCAGCCGCGUUCUCCUGGGGACUGGUCUUGCAUACCAUGAGAGAGCUUGCGCUCAAUGACAAAGAAAGUCGGGAGCUCGAGCAAUUCCACAGUGCAGUCGAUUCUUUCCAGUCAAACACGCCUCAAGCGAGUUCCUCUCGGGCUUCGGAGCUUUCUCUAUACGAAGAGUUACUUGAGAACGCUCGUGCGCCUAAUUUCACUGCGGAUGAGUCAAUAACCCUUCUAACGUCAGAUGCCAUGAGGGACGUCGUGUUUGAAAUGAUCCUUAUCCUAGCUACCAAAGUUGGAGCCGCCUCAGCAGUCGAUGACCCUUUGACAAGUCAAUGGGUUCAGGUCGUACUCUUAGAUUUCGUCCGCAUCGCCAUCGUGUACCUGGACUAUUCUCCGGAGAUCGUUGAGUCCGUCCUGGCAAUUCUUCAGGGUCCACCGGCAGAAUCCCAAAGGCUUCAGGGCACCCCGUCAACCCCCGCUAGCGACCCGCGUUCGAUCUUUCUUAGGGAGGAGGCCAUGAUGGACAACAUCUUUCGGAUAGCGCGGUCUCGCUUCCCUUAUGAAACCGUGCCAUUUUUGAAGCUGUGCCGCGCAUUGGUUAGCAAAGAUCUGGUCAACGAGGAAGGUCUUCCGGAUAUACUUGGCGAGUUAGAGAACAUGGAUUCCUUUACGCAGGUCGUACCCCCUGGAUUCCAAGGCUACGAAACGAUUCGAGAGGACGAGAACGCGAACUUUGUCACUCUCAUUCAGUCGCUGCCAAUGGUCGGCUCGUCCCCUCGAAAACAGAUCACUGAGCAGGGGGUCAGUAAUGCCUUGGUUGUAACAGGCUCGUCGCAAAUCCCCUCUGCAGCCAUCGGCCAAGUCGUUUCCGAGUCGCGGCCUGCGGUGGUCAUGUGGCAUCACCAGUAUUCUUGCCUGAGUUACCUCGGAAGUUGGCUAGAGGAAUGGAAUGAGAACGGAGGUUUCUCAGCAGGCUAUGGAGAAGACUCGGUUGCAGAUUCAAUAGGGCUACUAGCCGACCUUCUCUUUGCUGUCAAGGAUUCGUCAGUGCAGAAUGGGGACGGGUCAAGUGCCAAAAGGAUCCUGGAGCUUGCAAGCGAUGGACUAUCCCGCCAAAGCGACAUUAUCUCGCUGGUAUUUGAGAUUUUCGAACGUAAUCUAUCCAACAUCGGGCCCAGAGCGGGCUCUGAGGCCAUUCUGGAGUCUACAAUCGCCUGCCUGCGUUUUAUCUGCAUUCUCAUCGAUGUUCUGCCGGGCAGGGUGUGGCCAUUGCUUUCUCGCAGUAGCUUGUUGGGCUCCGACGGCAAGGGUGGUAUCAUGACGGCGAUCGUUUCUGCUGCAGAAGUGACGUCGGGCGAUUACCCAUUCUUGCUGGGCUGCGUCCAAUUGUUCGAAGCUGUUGUUGAUGACACUGCCUCCCGUGCAGUGUUGAGACGGAGCCCAAGUGGUCCCAAUGGAAAGCCAAUGCUCGCUUCCGACUGGACCGCGGGCGUUCCAUCCCAUAUGAUGCGAGGAACCCUGUUGAAUUUCGUGCGGAUCAUGGUGGAGGUUUACAAUAGCUGUGGCAAUUGGAGGUUCAAUGCGCCGGAACAGAGGCUCGCGAUCACUACGAAACUCCCGACGGCAUUUGAGAAAAUACUCUACUACACUUACGGCACGAACGAAACCACCAAGUUAGAUACGAAGAUCACGGGCGUCUUUUCUUCGUCGGCCAAGUAUCUCCUCGAUGUCUUACGGCCAAAGUCGGCCGCCGAUCUACCCUUCAAUUCCAUCCUCCGCCUGAUCGUCGAUGGCCUCCAGACCCCGUCGACGUUGUACCUCCGCUACAUGACUCUCGUGCAAAAGCAGGUGUUAGCAACAUUGGAGCUCUCGAUCAGGCUGCUACAGGCGGCGCAACUCUUGGAGCAGCCCCUAUCGCUGUUGGAAGACCAAUUAUUCAAGGCCACCCCCGCUCUCGUCAAACUGUAUGCCUCGGACGAUGCCUAUCGACGCCCGGUCGCUUCGCUCCUUGACGUUCUCAUAGCAGGCGCAGCCCUGGAUCCGGCCAACGAGCCGCCGUCCUUGGUCGGCCAUCUGGGAGCCGAAUCCGCUUGUCUCUUCCUCGAUGUCCUGGCGCAGUUCGACAAACCGCUGAAUGAUUCUAAGCUGCACUUGGCCAUAUGGCACCUGCUGUCAACCCUCGUCAGCAAGCGCCAGCAGUGGCUGGCAGUCUACAUCCUUACGGGCACUUCACCUCGCCAGUCGCUGAAGAAAUCCGACAAAGAGAAGAGCGUAGCGAUGAGGGGCGCCCCCUUCCUGCAGAUUGCCCUCGAUAUGCUGUCACAUAUUGAGCAGCUUGACCUCCAGCUGGCUGUCUCGUUGCUCGAAUUCGUCUCCCAUGCACAGGAAAAUUGGCCGUGGGCAACCCCGGAACUGAAGAAGCACGCCAAUUUCUUCACCAGCCUCGUUAACUACGUCUCGAAGCUGAAAAUAUCGUCUCUGUCCAUGGCCAACCAAAUCUUUGCUACUCGGGUUGCAGCUGUCGUGGCCGAUAUUUGUGCCGUCUAUCUGCACUCUGCCAAGGAAAUGCACGACACAGGCUUUUAUAAGACCUUGAUUCCGCUCGUGUCUUGGUUUGCUAAGGACGCGGUCGAAGUGUCCGGGUACAAUGCCUCCCUCCAUGCCAACCUCAAGAAGAACUUUGAGAUGAGGUACGCCGGGUGCAAGCUCGUCGACUUCAAGCGAACCUCUUUGCAGUCCCGUUAUCUCGGCCAAGAAUACUACUACGAUAUCCACCUCGGCAAAAAGCUCCUCUCCCAUGACUUCGCGUGGACUGGAAGCCGCAACCAAGGGUUUGCCGAAGAAUUCCAGCGGGCCAAUCUCAAUUUGUCUUUGGUCGAGGCACAAGUGAGUCUCCUCCAUAGUUGGAAAUUCUUCGCCGUCGAGCACUCUGCAGACUUUAUGACGGACCGUGAGGUUCAAAAAUCGAUGGCCAUUGUUGUGCAGAGCUGCCUCGAAGCCAACACCAGGGGCGUCCCCCAGGAAGCCAUCUUCGAGAGAAUUCAACAAACUCGGGUCGACUUCGCCCAAGCUCUGCUCCAGCGACUAGUAGCGAUUGGAGCAAAGGGCGCCGAAGUCUUCGGUCUCCUGAAGGUCGUAUGGGAUGCCUUACGCACUCGUCGUGCAACGUACGAGGAUGCAUUGAUCAACGACGACACGGAGUACUACCGAUCGCUUCUAAAUGUCCUCUUCCUUGCUUUCCAGUUCCAUCUGGAUUCACCUUCUCGAACCGCGCCCGAGACUCUUACCAAGAAACCCGAGGUCUCGUCGGACCUGAGUAUCGUUGUUGAGAUUGUGAAAGUCGUGGUAGCGCAAGGGUUCAAGGCCCUAACCACGUACCUGCAUGAUCAACCCGACAAGUGCACGCCGAAAGAUUUCGCCAUCCUCAUCGCAAUACUGCAGAGCUCAUUACAAGUGAAACACGUUGACCGCUUGUAUGAGCACAUCGUCUACCACAUUGCCGACAAUGACACCGCGAGAAUGGCGACGUCGUUGUUCUCAUGGGCCGACCAGCUCGCAGUGGCCGGUGACCCCGUAUACGGCGAACUCAGCAUGUCUUUACUCGUCAAAAUGUCUACUAUCCCUAUGCUAGCGGAACACCUAGCGGUCGAGGUGGUGCUGGUCCGGCUCUCCACCUGCCGCUUAACGAACAUCCUGCGCGAUUCCAAGGGAUUCGGUCCCUUCGACCCUGUGCCCCGGCUGUACUCCAUCUGGACAGGCGGAAUCCUUCCUUUGUGCCUGAACCUCCUCUACCACGUCGUCCGCAUUGCGCCAGAGGUAGCCGCUUUCCUCAACCAAUUCGAAGGCCAACUCAAACGAGCUACCGAGUCUUUCGCGGCCAGUCGUACCGCCGCUCCGACCAGCCGGAUCAGUCUGAGCAUGGCUUCCGAGGCAUACUCGCUCGCGCUCAUCUCGUACAUCCUGUCCCGAUUCCGCGAAGCAGGAGCCAGCCUCGGAAUCGAUGCCCAGUCGAUCCAGGAACUCAAAUGGGACAAAGCACAGGUGAAGGAGGACAUCGAAGAGCUUCUCGAACGGAAGCAGAAUCUCCGGACGCGGAUCACCGCCACAAGCGAGAAGGAACUGGAACUGGCUCGCCAGAAGCCGGUCGACGCCUCCUCGGGGGCGCAGAGUCGGCUGGAGGAGAAGAUCGUAAGCGAGCUGAAGGCAACGUUGGCGUGCCUUGGGGGCGAUGGUGACGAGGCAUAAUGAAAUGGUGUUUAUAGCUGUUUGAGGGGCUGGAUAUUUUUUUUAUUUCAUUAUGAUUUAUCUGGUCAAUGACUUAGGGGUCGCUUGCUUGCUUGCUUGCUUUCUUUCUUCUUUUUCAAUACAACUAGCAUGCAUAUAUUGGGUGCGGCGG